AUGGCUACUCCCAAUAUCACUUUGAUUGCUGAUGUGGAUGUGCUAAGGGACGAUUUGACUCUAAAAGUUCGUGUCAUCAACUUGUGGAAGCAUAUGUCAUUCAAUAACAAGGAUGACAUUUGGUCCAUUGAAUUAAUUUUACUUGAUGAACAGGGGACCAAGAUUCAAGCUACUGUUUGGAAAAAAUUUCUUUAUCGAUUCAAAAAUAUAUUUAAGGAUGGGUCAGCUUUUUAUAUCACAAGUCCAAGUUUUGCAUCACAAAAGCCCGACAGUUUCAAAAUAACUCCUCAAGAUCAGAAACUAACAUUUGUCCAACAAACUGUUGUCAAAGAAUGUGCAGAAUUUUCUGGAUCUAUAUUUGGAUUUUCAUUUGUUGACUAUCAAACUGUACUGUCGUUGCAACAUCCUGAAGAUUUAUCCAUUGAUGUUAUUGGAUUGGUCGUUGCUAUUACUGAGAUGAUGAAGGAUAAUCCUGAUAGGUCGAGACACAGACUAACCAUUCACAUCCAAGAUGCAAGUGGUUUGCAAGUCCAUGUAAAUUUGUGGGGUGAUUAUGCGUACAAGAUGCAAGAUUACAUAGAUAAGAAUCCACCAAAUCAACGUGUCGUUGUUAUAAUUCAGUUUGCAAAGAUUACUGUUUGGAGAGAUCGUCCGAGUGUUAACACCUACUUUACAUCUUCAAAGCUAUUCAUUAACUCUGAUAUCGAUGACAUUAAUCUUUUCAAAAAAAGUUUAGACGGGGAUGAUCAUCCUAAUUCGUCUUCGAAUACGAUUUCAGUCAUUGAAUCUAAACAACUUUCUGAAUUAGAUGAUUUCAUAGUUAAAACUAAGCUGAAGACUAUUGCUGAGAUUUUUGAACCCCUUUCGAUAUUUAUUUGA